CCAUGGGCAAGCGCCGUGGCCAGAGCCGGAGUCAGCUGCUCAGCUCGCUCAGCAAGAAGCAGAAGAAGCACCUCCGCGACUUCGGCGAGGAACACCCGUUCCACGACAGGGUUCCCAGGAAGGAAGUAAAGCCACAGACCUGUGAGCUGGUAACACCUCAGACCCCGCACGGGCUCAGGCGGCUGCUUCUGGGAUGGUGCAUGGGUGCCAGGCUGCUGCUUCUCUUUCAGCAGGGCAGGCAGCUCAGCCAAGGCGUGGCUCUGCCUGCAGUCGCUCAGACAACCCUGCAAGAACUGACCAGAAACGGGUUUGGUGGGGGGUAGGGUCCUCGAUAGCUGCCCGUCUACUCCCCAUUAGGGCUCAGGUCAGCGCCCACAUGCUGAUGGGGCUCUCCGGGCUUGUGGCAGCUGAGAUAUGUGGCCCUGGGACUCGGGCUCACACUUUCUUGGAAGUUGAGCUCAGACUCAGGCCGAGAGCUCAGAUUCACUGAGUUCUGGGAGUGAAGAGGAGAACGAGCCACAGCCCAUCUCUGGGUACCACCAGCUGCUAGCCACCUUGAAGAGUGUUCCCGAAGACUCAGAGGAGGAUGAGGGCUCGGAGGAGGUUGAGGACUCCAUGGGCGAGGCUGAUGUGAGUGACAGGGACGGUGGCUGUGAGGACAGCACAGAGGAAGUGAUGGCUGUAGGCUGGGCUACACGGCAGGAGGCUGCAUCUGGACCUGCUGACCUCACAGAGCGCAUGGGGAAUGGGGCCCCAGUUUCCCCCCAGCAGGCGUCCCCGAGGGAAUUUGCUGAUACCAAGCACGAGGCCCUCUUCAGUCUGGAAACGAACUUUCUAGAAGAUGAGAAUAUGGGCAGCAGCGCCCUGGAGGGCUCCCAAGACCCUUUCCUUCAGCACGUGAACCGAACACUGAGAGAGAAGGAUGUCCAGGCUUCUGCCUCUGGUCCCCCGAACAGCCAGUCACUGCAGUGGCCGGUGCUGGGCCAGCUCGUCCUCUCCUCCAGGUUCCAGCAGCCGAAGGCCCUCAGGCCCCCGAGGGACGUGGCCCUCCAGUCGCUGCAUCUGCACAAGCCCCUUGAGUCAACCUGGCCUCGGACCAACGGUGUGGCCCCUGGCCCCUUCACGCCCCUCCAGAGGGAGCUUUUCUGGGUGAUGAACUCGUACCAAGACCUCUUCUUCCCGGAUCGCACGGCGCUGGGCUGUGGCGAGGAGGUGAGGCGCGUGUACUGCCUGCACGCGCUCAACCACGUGCUCAAGGCCAACGCCCGUGUCCUGGCCAACAACGGGCUUCGCCGGGCGCAAGGGGCGCAGGCCCGCACCGAUGAUGAUGCCCUCCGGGACCAGGGGCUCACCCGGCCCAAGGUGCUGAUGGUUCUGCCCUUCCGGGAGUCGGCCCUGCGGGUGGUGCAGUUGCUAAUCAGCCUCCUGGAGGGCGACAGUGGGAAGAAGAUGGUCGUGAGCAACAAGAAAAGGUUCCAGAGCGAGUAUGGUUCUGACCCUGGGGAGCGACCCCCCACCCUGAAGAGGCCUGAGGAUUAUGAAGCAGUGUUCUCGGGCAACAUCGAUGACCACUUCCGGAUUGGUGUGGCGGUGCUCCAGCGCAGCCUCCGGCUCUACGCCCCCUUCUACUCUUCUGACAUCCUGCUCGCGUCCCCCCUGGGCCUGCGCACCAUCCUGGGGGCCGAGGGAGACAAGCAACGGGACUUUGACUUCUUGUCGUCCAUUGAGCUGCUCAUCAUUGACCAGGCUGACGUCUUUCUGAUGCAGAACUGGGAGCACGUGCUGCACCUCAUGGAGCACAUGAACCGGCUGCCCCUUGAGGCCCAUGGCGUGGACUUCUCACGGGUGCGCAUGUGGAGCCUCAACGGCUGGACCCGCUACUUCCGCCAGACUCUGCUGUUUGGGGCGCUGCAGGACCCACAGAUCAGUGCAGUGUUCAGCAAGUUCUGCCUCAAUGUAGAGGGCCAGGUGGCUGUGAGGAAUGUCCCAGUGACCGGUGCCAUUAGCCAAGUCCUGCUGCAGCUCCCACACGUCUUCCAGCGGAUGGAGGCUACGGACCUGGAGUCCAUGACCGAUGCCAGGUUCCGCUUCUUCGUGGACAAGGUCCUGCCACAGUACCGGGAUGCAGUCAUGUCCCACACCCUCAUCUAUGUCCCGUCCUACUUUGACUUCGUGCGGCUCCGGAACCACUUCAAGCGGGAGGAGCUGAGUGCCACACACAUCUGCGAGUACACCCGCAGGCCGGCUAUGUCCCGCGCUCGUCACUUCUUCCUACGCGGGGAACGGCAGUUUCUGCUUCUCACUGAGCGCUUCCAUUUCUAUAAGAGGUACACAAUCAAGGGCGUGAGGAACCUGAUCUUCUACCAGCUGCCAACCUACGGGCACUUCUACAGCGAGCUGUGCACCAUGCUGGGGGCCGUGGACACAGGUGGACAGGCCUGGACCUGCACUGCCCUCUACUCCCGCUACGACGCCCAGCGCCUGGCAGCCGUGGUGGGUGCAGAGCGGGCGGCGCAGAUGCUGCAGUCCACGAAGAGCGUCCAUCUCUUCAUUACCGGCGAGCGGUGAGGCCACAGAAGACCUGACCCAGGGCCCGUGAGGGGCCACGGAAGGACAAAGCCUCCCCAGGGACCUCCCUGGGCUUCUGGGGUCCAGCUUCUUGCUCUGUGACAGCUGUUGCUUGGCGUGCCCUCGUCCUCCCAUUGCGUGCUCUCUGCUCACCUGCUGAGAGCUGAGCUGGACGCGUGUCCCCACAGCUCCCAGGUGUCAGCCACACUGUGCCCAGCACGUGGGAAAUGAUGCUGAUUAAAUCUUCCAGGGGGUUUUCUGUGUGGCUCACAGUCCCUCAUGGUCUGGAACAUGUGAGUCACAGAUCUCAGGUUUGGUCCACCUGUGACAUAUGUGACCCCCAGUUUGUCUCCUUAGUGGUGUGUGACCCAUCCCCACCCAUGCCACCCAUUGUCUCCUCCGUGAUGAGUGUGACCUCAUCUCCAUGCCGAAUGGUCUGUUGUGGUUGAGUCUGUAGUGCCCCAUCACCAUGAUGGACUUUGCAGCUGGGGAUGGUGAUACAGGUGAGAUACUCAGGCCUGUUUGCCAACUUCACCACCUGGGCUGCAGGGGUGCCCCCGCCCCUCUUUAGCUACCCUGAGAUCACAGGGUACCAAACCACACACGCAUGGGCUUUCCUUGCCCAUUCCUCAUUAAUGUGUCAUUCACAGGGUCAUAACAAUAGAAUUAUUGUUGAGGGGCUACACCCAGUUAUGCUCAGGGUGAGCCUGCGUGCUACUCAGAGAUCUGAUGUGGUGCCACGAUGAAACGGGACUGGCUUUCCUGACCCUUUCUUGGGUCCACUACAGACUCAAGGCGAGCCUGGGCGAAACCCAUAGGACCCUCACAGGAACCUCAUAGAGACCCACAGAAGAUUCUCAGGAGCCCCAGGGGACCCAUAGGAGCCUCCCAGGAGACUCAGAACCCCAGCUUGGGCCUUUUCCUGUCCUUGGUCCUGCUCCAGAGGAGCUCCUUGGGGUGGUGAUGGAAGUGGGCCUAAGCCCCAGAGAUGGUCCCUGGCAUUAUAGGCUAGGCCCAGCAACACCCAGAGGCCUAUAUUGUGGGGGAUGCGUGAAGUGGCCCUUGCUUCGCUCUCUUCACGCUGUCCCCAUAUGGCCCUCACUCCCCAGUCCCCUGUCCACUCUGUUUCCCGACUUGGUGUGAGGGAAUGCCUUAUGUCCCCCAUGUCUUCCACCACCUUUGUUCCUUUCCCGGCACCCACUUGCUGUGCCGAGGCAAAGCCUCUCUCUGUCAACUUGGCACACACAGGAGUGGAUUCAACGAGUCUAUAAAUAACUGGAGAAGGAUGUACUAAAUGCCCAUUUCCCUUUAAUUUGAGUUGCAUAAGAAAACAUUAGCUUUAGGUGAGAAGGAGUCAUUUGAAGUUAUUAGAACCUUCAAACUGUGAAUGUGCUGGUGAGUGGUGAGCCCCCUCCCAGCUCAGAGUAUGGGGGAAAGUGAUAUUCAGGUUUCACUCACAGACUUGUUUUCUGAGUCUAAAAAAUCAAUGGAAUAUUCCUAAAUAACAUUAAAAUUGUCUACUUGCAGUUUAGUAACUAUUCAAUUAGUUUUUAAUGAAAGGAGUUUUAUCCAAAGAGAAUAAAAUCGUCUUUACUGAGCCACAUGGCAGAGAAACACGUGGGCAGGCAUCUUCAUCCCAGCAGGUGGGUUUGCUUUUAAGAUCAUCCUAUCAAAUGCUCCCUUCAUCCCCUCCUCACCCCCAGGCACAGGUAAAUUUAUAGCAACUACAUCCAGAAAUUUGUGUUUCACAUGUGCUCCAUCUAAUGGUUUGCUCUGCUUUAACUGCAUCUGGUGUGCCAAGAGGCUUCAGCACCUCAGUUGGCACUUUCAUGGGAUAGUGGGCCCUGGACUCUUACAGCCCCAAACCAGGGAGGUAGUGCAGGGAUUAAAGUGCCUCUCUUGCACCCAGCUGACACUAGUUCAGUCACCAGCACUGCACAGAGUACCCUGAGCACCACCAGGUGUGGCCUCAAAAGCAAACCAAAGAAAUGAAAUAAAAUUUGCUCUUUUGUUUUAUACCAGGAGCUGCAUUCCUGGUAUAUAGAUUUCACUUGGUUUUCAUUUUUGCAGUGGGGGUGGUAAAAAAGGGCAGCAAGCAGGCAAGAUGGCGCUGCCCCAGCACCAGAACAAAGGCCAGCGUAUGAGUCGGGGGCCUGAGCUGCCACCCACAUAGUAUGGCAGGUGGGUAGCAAGGAGCGCUAUCAGUUCCGUUGCCAUAGUCCUCAGAGACCUGAGAAGCUCCACUGGCUUGGAUCCCGAGCUGAGACAGGGCAUAGCAGGAAGAGUGCGUAGAAGAUCAACCUUGAGGCUGUGAACUCAGAAGAGCUGUUAAGCUGUUUUGUACGAAUGUGGUGCUGAUUUGAUCCCCGGCACCACAUGGUCCAGAGGAUGUGCCUGGGUGCAAGCAUGGUGUCCCUGGUACUUCGAGGUCUGUGCAGCGCUGCAUUGGCCGCAGACCCAUCUGCUGAGAAUUAAUAAAGGGACCCCAGAUCCCUGAGCUGCUUGGGCCUCCAUCCCCCCAAAUCAGUCUUUGGUGGUACUGGCAGUGAUCCACAGGCCAGACACACAAACACCUAUUUUUCCAAGCCUGAAUUGGCUUUCCUGUGACUGACUGGAAGGCACUUUUUGAGGGUGCUGAUUCCCAGGU